CGCGAUUAUUUUGCGCGACGCUCCAUCGAACAUGGCGCGAUUUUUUUGUAAUUACUAAACAAUUAAUGAAAAGUUUAAGCAAGAUCCAAACACAACAAUGUAUUCGCCGCGGCAAACAUUGCCAGUGCCGCAGCCGCAAGACUUUGGCUUCCCACACACACCAUACGACAUACAGGAACAAUUGAUGCAACAGCUUUUUCUGGUGCUGGAGCGCAAACAAAUUGGCAUCUUUGAGUCACCCACAGGCACGGGCAAAUCGCUGACACUGCUGUGCGGAGCGCUCAGUUGGCUGCGCCAACACGAAGAGUUGGUGCGCACCGAGCUGCAGCAGCGCAUUGAGCAGGUGCAGCGCGAAUUGCGGCAGCUGCAGGCGGCAAACGAGCAGGCGGUGGACUGGAUAACGGCACAGGGCGCCACACAGGCGCAGCGUGAAGAGCUGCAGCAGUUGGAACACUUAAGAGCGCUGCUGCAGCAACAGGAGCAACAGCUGGCGGAGGUGAAGCAGCGCAACCGGCAGCAACAACAGCAGCAGCGCAAAGCGCGCAAAGCAAACGAGGAACAAUUGCUGCCGGAGACAGCAGAUGAGGAGCCGGCGCAGGAGGAUGCAGUGAACGAAGAGGAAGAACUGCAACAGGAAGCGGAACGCUUUCGCCAUGUGCAGAUCUUCUACUGCAGUCGAACGCAUUCGCAGCUGGCGCAAAUCGUUGCCGAGCUGCGCAAGACGCCGCAUGCCACCUGGACGCGUUGCAUCUCGCUGGGCUCCCGGCAACAGUUGUGCAUCAAUGCACAGGUACGUCGCCUGCCACAUGUGGCACUGAUGAACGAACGCUGCUUGGACAUGGCCAGCAAACGUAAUCCUUGCAUUUACAAAGCGCCAGCCCAGUUGCAGCGUUUAAGCGAUGCCGCGUUGCUGCAACCGCUGGACAUCGAGGAGCUGGCCAAUGAGGGUGCUGCAUGCGGCAGCUGCCCCUACUAUGCCACACGUGCCGCACAGCCGCAGGCGCAACUCGUAUUACUUCCCUAUCAGCUGCUGUUGCAACGCAACUCACGCCAGCAACUGGGCAUCGAGUUAAGGGGCUCCAUCAUCAUUGUGGACGAGGCGCACAAUCUGCUCGACACGUUAAUGCAACUGCACAGCAGCGAAGUGCAGCUGGAGCAGUUGCAGCUGCUCAAACAGCAGUUGGCUGGCUAUAAACAACGCUAUGCGAGUCGCUUCAGUGCCACGCAUUUGUUGCGUCUCAAUCAGCUGCUGUUUGUGGUGCGUCGCCUGCUGCAGUUGCUCACAGAGUCGACCAGCUUGGAGCCACGUCUGUUGCGCACCUAUGAACUGACGGCCGAGGGCGAUUUCUUCAACAUUGAUCUGCACGCUUUGCUCCAGUUUUGCACUCGCACACGUUUCGCCCAGAAGCUGCAGGGAUUCGUGCAGCGGGAACGCGAACGUGAGCCGCAGCCGAGCGAGAAUCAAGCGCCACCCACGCAGCAGCUGCUGCAGCGUCUGGCCACGCAACAUCAACUGCAGCAGCAGCGUGGUCAGAAGCGUAAGCCAGGAGUGGAGCAACCUGCUCCAACACCUGCUGUGCAACAGUCAUCGCCUGCUCCUGUCUCUAGUUUGCCGUCGCCUUUGCGCCCGUUGCUCGCCUUUCUGGAGACGCUCACCAGCGAUGCCGCCGAUGGACGUGUUCUGCUGCAACCCAAGACGGGCACACUCAAGUAUCUGCUGCUGAAUCCUGCCGAGCAUUUUGCUGACAUUGUCAAAGAAGCACGCGCUCUCGUCAUCGCAGGCGGCACAAUGCAGCCCACAGAGGAAUUGAAGUCACAACUCUUUGCUCAGUGCCCGGACCGUGUGGUGGAGCACUUCUAUGGUCAUGUGGUGCCACCGGAUGCAGUGCAGCCCUUUGUGCUCCCGACUGGACCAACAGGCGCGACGCUUUGCUUCAACUACGCACAACGCAGCAGCGUCAGCAUGCUUCAGGAACUCGCCAUGGUGCUGCAGAAUCUGUGCAAUGUGCUGCCCGCCGGCGUUGUUUGUUUUCUGCCCUCUUACGAUUAUCUGGACGUUGUUUACACGCAUCUACAGCGUAGCGGCACGCUGGCAAGGAUUGCGCAACGCAAGCGCAUCUUUCGCGAGACUAGCGGCAAAAAUGUGGAGCAACUGCUGCAACAAUAUGCCGAGGCAAUUGCUCAACCCAAGGCAACGGGCGCUUUGCUCUUGAGCGUCGUCGGUGGCAAAUUAUCCGAGGGCUUGAAUUUUGCCGAUGACUUGGGACGCGGCGUCAUCGUAGUCGGUCUGCCGUAUCCGAAUCGCACGGCGCCCGAGCUCAAGGAGCGCAUGCGGCAUCUGGACGCACAGUUGGGUCCAGGUGCGGGCAACGAGUAUUACGAGAAUCUCUGCAUGAAGGCGGUCAAUCAGUGCAUUGGUCGCUCGGUGCGGCAUAUACGUGACUAUGCCUGCGUCUAUCUGCUGGACGAGCGCUAUGCGAGCGCACGCAUUCAACAGAAGCUGCCGCAGUGGAUUGCACGCUCGCUGAGCGUAGCCAGCGAUGGAUUCGGUUCUGUGCAAGCGCGCACGGCGCGUUUCUUCAAGGCUAGAAGCCAAAUGGUGUAAUGAUGGGGAGGCUGCGUGAUAUCUGUGAAGGAGUGUCCUCUAAAGGAAGGUCUUCCGCUUGAUAGUCGACCGGCAAGUUAAGAAGAUCUUGAGGCUUCUACCUUUUCUACUUGGUCUUAGAGAUCUUUUGUAAUCCACUCUAAGACCUUUGCUUCCUCUAAGAUAUCUGUUGUAUUCCCCAUUUGGGAGACCAUGUCUAUUCAUUCCAUUUAUGCAUUUGAUUGUAUUCUUUCUUAAGACUCUUCUCCUCCACUUUAGGAGACUUCUUUCUUUAGGAGACCUCUUCCACUGCGUA